GCCAUGCUCAGCCUCAUCAAGUUACCGCGAGUCUUCACCAUCAAUCAAGUGCCCAAAGUUUUCCAUGAGGACAGCAUCAUCUCUGGGUACCGGCAUCCCCACAGCUCCGCCACCGACUGCAUCCUCAGCCUCUUCCACAUGACCAAUGAGACGCUCAACAUCUGGACCCACUUUCUGCCCACCUGCGUCGCACUGCCUCCCUGCGAACAGGCUUUUAUGUGGCAAACGUCACGGAGAUAUUCUGCACAUAUGCUUCCUUGGGGUCCAGUGAACAGCUCCUUCCACCGCUGGUACGUCCCCAUCGCUGUGUUCAACACCGUCCUCUGCACCAUCCUGGCCUGCUACUCCAGGCUUGGCUUACCGUUUCUACAAUAUAAUCAUGACAUCGUGCAGAGAUUCCGGGAAUGCCAGAGCCCAAAGUUCAGCAAAAUCCUGCGUGUGGCCGCCUUCGCCUACCCCUACCUGUUCGACAACAUUCCUCUGUUCUAUAGGGUUUUCCUCUGUGUAGGAGACGGCUGUACAGACAACGACACCAACAUGCUGCACUACAAACACAUCGCCUUGGCUUUCCUCACUGCCUUCCUGUUCGCCACACAUUUACCUGAGCGCCUGGCACCGGGCAGCUUCGAUUACAUCGGUCACAGCCACCAGCUCUUCCAUGUGUGCAGCAUCCUGGGCACCCACUUCCAGAUGCAGGCCAUAGAGCAGGACAUGUUGACGCGACGGCCCUGGCUCAUCCAGAACUCCAUUCCCAUCACUUUCGCCAACUCGGGGGGUCCGGCGCUGCUUUGCGUGGUGCUGAACUUGGUCGUCAUCGCCCUCUUCAGCCUGCCUCUCCUCUCUGGCCCCGUCUGCAGAGAAAAGAAACACGGGAAAGGUCCAAAGAAAGCCUCCACCAAACCCUGGCCCUGCUCCUGAAGCUCCAGCUGCAGUCGUGGCUGAACAAGACUUAUAGACGUGUGAAAAGAGGCAUUAUGGGUAAAAUAUGCUGCUGAACUGUGAGGAGACGGUGUCAUGUUUAAAUGAACGUAUAUGAUUGUAUUGAGCCUUGAGACAUAAAAAAUGUGAGUUGUACAAACUUACAAUGGAAACUUAGCAAAACUUUUGUUACCACGGUAUGUAUGAAUCUAAAUGUUUCUGAGGAAACUAUAUGAAGCUACAUAUGUAGCAGCUUAGCUACAUUUAGCUACAUUUUGAAGCAGUUUUUUAAUAUAUUUAUGAAACGUUAUUUCGCUCAGUUCUUUGAUUUCCACGUGUGUGGUGCAUGAGAAGACUUCAGGGAAUGAAAACUAUGUAGAAUUUUAAUUUCACUGUCAAUUUAAAAUCUUUAUGCUAAAUUAAGACACUGUACAUUUUUGUAUUUAUAAUUGUUGCACACAGUUUAUGAGAUUUCACUUUUACUCGGUGAAAGGAGACGUUACUCAGGUUCAUCACAUUAAAACUAAAGAAACACUUUUGAUGAGGAAUGUUGAGUUUUUUGCUUUCGAGUUUGAGCUGCCUGAUAAUGAACAACUUAAUACAUUGAAAGUUUAACAACUGAUAAUGUAUGAUUUAAUGAUUUUAGGGUAGUUUUUUCCCCUCAAAUGACUGGUGUUUGUGUCUCGGCAGACAUCAUUACAAUAUUCCUUUAAUGCACAACUGAAAGUUAUUUAUUAUGAGUUUUUCAAAUAAAC